UUUAUGCGCUUUUUAUCCACUAUAGCCAAACCGAACACUGCUGCACUUUCCUUUGAUGCUGUGGUGACUUUUCAAACAGCUUGACACCAACUUCCUCACCGACAAUAUUAUAGAUUUUAAACGGCUUGCUGUGAAACAUUUCUUUUAUAAUUAGAUUGUUUUUUCAUAAUGCCUGAGUUCAUAUCAGUGGACGAGUUUAUAGCGGAGACUUUGGAGGAUUACAGCUCUCCCACCACCUCUUCCUUCUACACCAAAAUGACAAGUUGCCGAAAUUCCGCCAACAAUAUCGAGGAGGCUUUGGACUCUGACCGCACAAUCUUGCAAAAAAUGAAGAAAGCUGCCAAAGCAAAGCACAUCUCUGGCCAAGACCACGUAUUACAUUUGGAGUCUUACAUCAAUUCCAUGGAGAAGUUGGCCGUGAAUUUCCGCAACAAUGGAGAACAGGAAGUGGCUUCUGCGUUUAAUAAGUUUGCUGAAUUCUCCAAAGAACUGCUGACGCCAAUGAAGAACUUGUUGAAGAGCAUGUUGCACAACGUCAACUUCUUCCUGGACUCGCUGGUAAAAGGGGAUCUGAAAGAGGUCAAAGGUGACCUGAAAAAGCCUUUUGACAAGGCAUGGAGAGAUUAUGAGAAUAAAUUCACUAAAAUCGAAAAAGAGAAGAGGGAACUGGCGAAGCAGUAUGGUAUGGUGCGUACAGAGGUGAGCGGAGGAGAGAUUGCAGAAGACAUGGAGAAAGAACGCAGAAUGUUCCAGCUACAGAUGUGUGAAUACCUCAUCAAAGUGAAUGAAAUUAAAACCAAGAAAGGAGUAGACCUGCUACAGAACCUCAUCAAACACUACCACUCUCAAUGCAAUUUCUUUCAGGAGUGUCUGUCUGCAACAGAAAAACUCAAGCAGUACAUUGAUGCCCUUACAGGACAGCUGAGUGCUAUCAAACAUAAGCAGGAUGAUGAGAAAAGACAGCUCUGUUCUCUCAGAGAUCAGCUCAGACCGGCUGUGCUGCCUGAAUUCAAAGAGGACUCCCUAAGCAGACAGACUGUGUACAGCAUGCAUCAGCUUCAAGGCAACAAGCAAUAUGGCUCAGAUAAAUCAGGCUACCUCUACAAGAGGAGUGAUGGGUUGAGGAAGAUGUGGCAGAAGAGGAAAUGUACCGUGCAGAACUGCUAUCUUACCAUCGCUCAUGGAACUCCGAAUAAAUCACCAGCUAAACUGAAUCUCCUCACCUGCCAAGUCAAACCAAGUCUGGAAGACAAGAAGUGCUUUGACCUCAUCUCACAUAAUCGCACUUACCAUUUUCUGGCUGAGGAUGAAUCUGAUUGUGUGGCGUGGAUAUCAGUGCUUACAAACAGUAAGCAGGAAGCUCUAAAUGUGGCUCUGGAUGAGAGGAAGCCAAGUGGGGAAAACAGUGUUGAGGAUCUGACACGAGCCAUCACUGAGGAUAUCCGCCGCCUGCCUGGAAACAACGUUUGCUGUGACUGUGGGGCCCAAGAUCCGACUUGGAUCUCUAUAAACCUAGGAAUCUUGACGUGUAUUGAGUGCUCAGGGAUCCAUCGGGAAAUGGGUGUACAUUAUUCACGUAUACAGUCGCUUUCUCUGGACAAACUAGGCACUUCAGAAUUGCUGUUGGCAAGAAAUGUGGGGAAUUCAGGUUUUAAUGAAAUUGUGGAGGCCAAGCUUCCCAGUCCCUCUGUGAAGCCGUCAGCAGAGAGUGGCAUGGCCACACGUAAGGACUUCAUACUCUCAAAGUAUAUGGAGUGGCAGUUUGCACAGCGUAGCUGCUGCUCACCGGAAACAAAACGCAAAUAUCUGCAGGACGCUGUGCACAGUCGGGAUGUGUUCAGCCUCUUACAGCUUUACGCUGAGAGAAUGGACUUCAGCCUGCCACUGCCAUGUCCCCUACAGGAAAAGGGGGAAACUGCACUACACCUAGCCGUCCUAUUGUCUGACAGGACUUCACUUCAUGUGGCUGACUUCUUGUUCCACAACUGUAAUAAUUUGGAUGCUCAAACUGUGAAGGGGAACACUGCUUUGCAUUAUUGCUGUCAGCACAAUAAAACCGAGUGCCUUAAACUUCUGCUCAGAGCCAAGGCCAACACUCAUAUCAAGAAUGAUAAUGGAGAGACAGGGUUGGACAUGGCUCGCAGACUGAAGCACACACUGUGUGAGGAGCUGAUCCACCAAUCGCAGAACAACCUGUUCAACAUGCACGUGCACGUGGAGUAUGAGUGGAGACUCCGGCAAGAUGACCUUUAUGAGAGUGACGAUGACUUAGAUGACAAGAUGGGCCCAGUGAAAAAGGAGCGCUUAGGACGGCCAUUCAGCUUGUAUCACAGUGGCUCUGCCUCUCACGGUGGAGGAGGAAGUAGUGGAGGGGGGUUGUUCAACGUGGGCCGGAGGCUGGCAAUGGCCCGGGGAGAAAACCGGAGAGAGGUGUACGCCAAUCCCAACUCUCAGACACGUAGCCUCGACAGUCCCCCUCCGCCACCCCCUUCAUCACCCGCACCACCACUGCCACCUCGAGUCAGAGCUCCAAACAUCCCCCCACCUCCCCCUCCUAUGAGCUCACCUGAUGGCUGGAUGUCCCAUGAAGUGAGCAGCAGUAAGAAACGAACCCCUCCUCCCCCUCUUAUCAUCCGACACAAGCGCACCUAUUCUGAGCCCGACCCUCACAUGCCCCCCAGCCCCCACUCUACAAGGCAGGAACCAACAGAUUAUGGAGUUCCUGCAGGUCAGAGAAGCUUUGGUGGUCCAGACUCACCUUUCCAGAAGUGUGUCUCAGGUUCUCCCAAAUACACCAUGUCUACUCUCAACUCCUUAUCUGAGCUACCAGAACGAGCAGGCUUUCGAGCAGAUGGGGAGAGCAGCUCGUCUCACUUGCUGUACCAAACCCCACAGCCCAUCAGCAGCGGCGGGCGGCAUGCCGCAGCCCCGGCCCCAGCCCCGGCCCCGGCCCUGUCCCCCACCUCCCCGCGCUCCUUCAGCCUGGAGACUAACGGCAGCUCCUCUUCCUCCUGCCAAACUGCUCCUCACCCACUGCCCAGAAAAAUUCUAAUGAAGUCAAAGCUGAAGCGUGUUAAAGCCAUGUAUGACUGUGUGGCGGAUCAUCACGAUGAGCUCACUUUCAGUGAGGGUGAGGUUCUGGUGGUGCUCGGAGAGGAGGAUGCUGAUUGGUGGCACGGCUACAUCGAGGGACAGCCAGACAGAACGGGCUUAUUUCCAGCAUCGUUUGUCUCUAUGCUCAGUGAAUGAAGCCGGCCAACGGAGCUGAAAUCAUAGCACGGUCGACUCUACUGCCAAAGCACCCUGGGAAAUGAGGGGCUUGAAGUCCACCCACAGAACCAUCGGUAAUGAAGAAUCAGCAUAACAAGGCAGCACUCCCAGGCCCGUCUGCAGCGCCAAGAGAGAUGGGAUAUGUGGAACACGUUAUGCUGUGAGCUACACUACCAUCAUGUACUCUCCUAAAAAUGCUCCAAAAGCACACCCAGCAUGAGCUGCAUUUUACACUGAACUGAACUCACAUGUGAGGAAUUAUAAAUGUCAGAUCACAGACGUAUUACGAAAAUAUAAUGCCAAAUUUUGUGUUGCUAUUCAAGGAAUGGAGAACAGCUAUAGCACAAUCCUCUGCAACAGUGUAACUGUUAAAAUGUCAUCAAAAACAAACAAAUUAAUAGUGGAUAUUGUGUGAUUGGGUCAAUAGCACAAAAACACAUCCGGGUCAUAUUUCGCCUACAAAGAAAACAAAAAAAAUUAUUUUUUUAUACCUAGAAUUUUUGCCUUUUUUUUUUACAUUUAAGCACAUUUCUACGACGGCAUUUUAGUGCCACGUUCAAAUUUU